AUGAGCCAGCUCCUGACCUCCCGUCAAGCAGAGGAACUACACAAGUCCAUGGUCGCCUACUUGCUCUCCGUUGGCAUGACUGACAGUGCAAAUAACCUGCGACGAGAAGCGAACUUGGCCGACACAUUUGACGACGUUACCGCUAAAAAGUAUGAGACCUUGUUGGAAAAGAAAUGGACCUCAGUUGUCCGCCUACAAAAGAAAAUUAUGGACCUUGAAGCAAAGAACGCCGCUCUUCAACAAGAGAUAGAGUCUGCUACACCUCUCUCCUCGAAUCGAAAAAUCGACCCCCAGACAUGGUUGCCCCGAGCCCCUGCCCGGCACACCCUACAAGGCCACCGGGAUCCUGUCACCGCUGUUGCAUUCCAUCCAAUCUUCUCCUCACUGGCCUCGGCUUCAGAUGAUUCCACCAUCAAAAUCUGGGAUUGGGAGCUGGGGGAGCUCGAAAGGACACUAAAAGGUCAUACAAAGGCCGUGCUGGAUGUCGACUUUGGUGGUCCAAGAGGAGGCACUCUGUUGGCCAGUUGCAGUAGUGAUCUCACCAUCCGGCUUUGGGACCCAAGCGAUGAAUACAAGAACAUCCGGACGCUACCGGGCCAUGACCAUUCCAUCUCUUCUAUUCGGUUUAUUCCUUCGGGUGCUGCUGGCGCUCCCCUGUCAGGAAACACACUGGUAUCCGCCUCAAGAGAUAAGACACUCCGGAUUUGGGAUGUCACAACGGGCUAUUGCUUGAAAACGUUAAAGGGGCAUUCCGACUGGGUUAGGGCGGUGGUUCCUUCGAUCGAUGGUAGAUGGCUACUCAGUGCUGGAAACGAUCAGAUACCACGAUUGUGGGAUGCCACCUCGGGCGAAGUCAAAAUCACCUUUUUAGGUCACGAACACGUGGUGGAAUGUGUUGCCUUUGCCCCGAGCUCGUCUUACGCCCAUCUCUCAAGUAUCGCUGGUUACAAAAAGCCACCUCCGGCUAGCAGUAGUGGAGAAUUUCUGGCAACAGGAGGAAGGGACAAAAUCAUCAAGAUCUGGGACAAUCGGGGAACAUGCCAUAAGACAUUGGUGGGACACGAUAACUGGGUACGGGGGCUCGUCUUUCACCCUGGUGGCCGGUAUCUGAUCUCGAUAUCUGAUGACAAAAGCAUUCGAUGUUGGGAUUUGUCUCAGGAGUGUAAAUGUGUCAAAGUCCUGGAGGAUGCUCACCAACAUUUCAUCACCAGUAUCCGGUGGGCACCGGAUAUUCCAAUCCAACCAAACAUGAACGGGGAGACCAACGGCGUAGGCACCGCUGUUAAGAAGGAGGACAGUGGAGGAGGAGGCAAGAUUCGCUGUGUCAUUGCCACUGGCUGCGUGGACUGGAAUGUCCGAGUCUUCGCUGGGUGA